AAACAUUCAUAUAUCUCAGCUACAGCAUGGAAUAAGCUGUAGACAAUUAGGAGCAAUUCAACUUUCUUACAAAAUUUUUAAAUUAUCAAUUGUCAAUUUCGCUUUGCAGGUGAAUGCUUAGUUUAUGUAUACAUGUAUUAGUUCCACUACCAUUGUCACUUUACAUGUGUAUGUGAUAAUCAGCUGUUUGGUCAUAUGCCGACAUGGCAAAUUAAAAUUAUGAUCAAUGUGGAGAACACGUUUAUACACGAAUAUUUUGUUAUAAGCACACUUUAAAAUUAAAUUCUGUGAUAAAAAUAAUUAAAGUGUCACGUUAUUAUUCUAAUUUAAUAUUAUAUCAACUGUAUUAAUACUUUAUAUGAUUGUUAUUAAUAGUUUAUCGCUGUUAUGUUUAUAUUGUUUGAAAAAGAGAAGUUCAACUUAUUUUCAUCUCUUUUUAUGAAUUUCCGUCACUCAGUUUCAAAACAAUAGUUAAAAAUAGUUUUAUAAAGUUCAUGCAAUGUGGACAAGCAACUGAUAAUGGAGACUGUUAAUGACUUGGAGCAAUUUCUCACUGAUACUUGGCUUGACAUUGUCCAUCUUGUACGUGAGUCUGCGGUUUAUAUAGAUCAUGCAGCAACAGAAUGCUUACAUUGGCAUACUGGUGGCAAGACAUACUCCUUCUUUAAAGAUGCUGGAGCAGUAUCUGUUUAUGAGCUGGCCAUGUACAAUUUUCGUUAUGUUAAAGUGCAAAAUUGCAAAAAGGCAGUGAUUAUUUCGACUUCUUCCAACCCAGCUUUUUAUCAACGCACAGUUAAGAUGAUUACAGAGAAAAAUAUGUUUGACUGCUGUACAAUUGUCACUGCUGCACAUUCAAGUGUAUUGAAUUAUGAGGAUACAAUACCAAUGGAAGAUAGGGUAGAUUAUGCUAAAUUGAAGAGGGAUGUAAAAAGCUGGAUGUGUUCUAAUCAUCAAUCACAUGAUUGCUCAGUAGUGGUACUAUUUCGGCCAAUUUUUAUUAGUUCAAUAGACAAUGAUCUAUUGGUGACACCACCUUUUGGUGAUCUAUUACCAUCCUUGAAUAAUACUUUAAUAAAGGAUUCUGAGUACAUAGUUAAUCACUUUGUAAGUUUAUUUCACAGCUUGUUUACAUACUUGAAUUUUAAAGAAGAUAUUUAUGCCAUGGGCAAAUUUAGUGAGUAUAUCGCUGAAAAAUUGGAAACAUUACCAGCAGCUAUUAAUCGUAGGAAUAGUUUAAUUGGUGCAAAAGGAGUAUCUUUAAUCUUCAUUGACAGAACAUUAGACCUUUGUACUCCUACCAGUAAUAAUACUGAAUCAUUGUUGGCUAAGAUAUUGUGCACGUUGUCUCAUUUACCUCAUCAUUGUAACGACGUUGCGAUAAACAUGUCUCCUCUAUUUUGUAGUUCCCAGAAAACCUCAAAGCUUGUUGAAGUACCAGGAUGCUUGGCUAGCAAUGACCGAAGUCUGAUGAAUAUAUUAAUCACGAAAAAGCAGAAAGAAGUGUUGACCAUCACAAAUAAAAUGCUCAUCGACAUUCUAUCAAUGAAAGAGAAUCCGAAACCGAAGGAAAACCUGAAAUCGAAGUUAACCAUGAGAAUUUCUGCGCAUAGUUUAGAGAAGCUUGUAAAUAGAUUUAAAGACAUUGGCGAUCUUUGUGCUAUAUCAGAGCCGAGCAAAAAACUUCAAGUGGUGCUGGCAAUUAUACAAGCCCUAACGUCGGAAAAAACUUCCCAAUUAGAACUGUUGAUUAGUCUCGAAAAAUUAGUUCUGCAAAAUAUAGCUGUAAGCCGUGAAUCUACAAGCGUGCUUGGGCAAUUCAGUAACAUAAUAAGAACACGUGAGAAACGAGGCCUAGAUACAGACAAUAUAUUGGCACUUUUAGUGCAUAUUUAUGCGCUUGCUGGAACAGAGAUACAAUUUUCCAUUCAGCAAGAGCAACAAUUGAAGGAAUCUAUCGCUGACGCUGUAUUUGAGGACAUCAUAAAAUUAAACGAGAAUACAAUGAAUAACAAAAUGUCGGUCUAUCAACAAACUUUAUUGCUGUUUGGUGUUGCUGAUACAGAAGUCGUGAAAGAGAUCUCCGUAAAAGUGGCGGAAAGCAUCAUAAACGUUCUACAUGAGAUAGCACAGCAACGCGCAUUUUUACAUAAUUACACCUCUUUAAUGUCGAAAUCGAGCUCUCAAGAAAUUGUUCAACGUGUUGGUAUCUUACAACAGUUACUAAAAGAUAUACUCCAUCCAGAGAAAUAUGAGCUACCUGAUUUACACCAGAGGUCCCCCUCAUUUAUUUCUGCCGGAUUUAAUUUAUUUUCCAAAGGUCGAAUGAAACGUCAUCCCUGUGACAAUAAUUGGGUUAUUGUUUAUGUUAUUGGAGGUAUAACACCAGAGGAAGUAAGAGAAACCAAGGAAAUAAUGUCAAUAUUUAAACCAAAUUGUCAGAUAACAAUAGCAGGUUCAAGACUAUUAAACCCAUUGGAUAUAGUGGAUAAAUUUCUUCUAUCUUCAAUUGACUAUUGAUAGAAACUAUUGUUUUAUUAUGUGCUAUUAAAGAAUCCACUUUAUACCAGAA